AUGCAUAUUGAGGCUAUUAAUGCAGCUCGUCUGGAGGCUGCCACAGCACUUCAGGAGGCUGCUGCAGCACGACAGGAGGCAGCUGAUGCAAAACAACGAUAUCAGCUUUUGGAGGAGCAGUUUCAUAAGGUAGUGAAAAGCAUGAAAGCUCUAGAGCGCCAGUCAGCAGGUGCUUUAACAAGUGCAAGUCUAGCUCAUAGGAGACAUCCUAACAAUGAUGGUGACCAUUCACUAGAUGAGGUCUUACCAUUCUGUCGACGAAAGAAACGUCUAGCUAUAAGGCGGCAUUCUCACUAUGAUGACGAUCAUUCACUAGAUGAAAUCUUACUAUACCGUCACCGAAAGCAACGUCAGGCUCAAAGGAGACGUCCAUACUAUGAUGACAAUUCACUAGAUGUUGUCGUACGAAAGCAACAUCAAGCUAAAAGGGGACGGCCUCUCUACGAUGACGGUGAUUUACUAGAUGAGGUCGUACGAAAGCAACAUCAAGCUAAUAGGGGACCUCCUCACUAUGAAGAUGACACUUUGGUAGAUGAGGUUUUGCCAAAGCAACGUCAAGCUAAAAGGGGGCAUGCUCACUAUGAUGAUGACAAUUCGCUAGAUGGGGUCUUACCAAGGCACCAUCAAGCCAAAAGGAGACAUCCUUACUAUGACGAUGAUUUGCUAGAUGAUGUCUUGCCAAAGCAAUGUCAAGCAAAAAGGGGACGUCCUCACCAUCAAGAUGACCACUCGCUAGAUGAGGUCUUACCAAAGCAACAUCAAGCUAAAAAGGGACUUCCUCAACAUGAAGAUGACCACUUGCUAGAUGAGGUCUUACCAAAGCAACAUCAACAUCAAGCUAAAAAGGGACUUCCUCACCACGAAGAAGACCACUCGCUAGAUGAGAUCUUGCCGAAGCAACAUCAAGUUAAAAGUGGACAUCCUCACUAUGAUGAAGACGAUUUGCUAGAUAUGGGGCAUCCUCACUAUGCUGAUGAUAAUUUACCAGAUAAGGUCGUCCCAAAACAUCGGGCUCCAAGGGGACAUCCUCAAUAUGACGAUGACGAUUUGCUAGAUAGGGGGCAUCCUCACUAUGACGAUGACGAUUUGCUAGAUAGGGGGCAUCCUCACUAUGACGAUGACGAAUCGCCAUAUGAGGUUGUACCAAAGCAAAAACAGGCUCCAAGGGGACAUCCUCACUAUGAAGAUGACAAUUUGCUAUAUGAGGCAGCUUCAAAGCGACGUCAAGCUAAAAGGAGACAUCCUCACUAUGAUGAUAUUUCGCCUGAAGAGGUCUUACCAAAGCAACAUCAAGCUAAAAGGAGACAUCCUCACUACGACGAUGAUUCGCUAGAUGAUGUUUUACCAAAGCAAGAUCAAGCUAAAAGGGGACAUCUUUACCAUGAUGAUGAUUCACCAGCCAGACUCCGCCGUCGUUACCGUCGUUGA